AUGACCCAGUCCACAACUUUUACACCUAAUGGUCCAACUUCUACUACAAUUACAAGUACAACUACUAUCCAACCAACAACAACUACAGCCACAACUACAUCUCCAUCUAUAACUACUACGCAACCAAUAACUAUAGCUUCCAGUACUCCCCAAGAAACAACGACCGUUUCACCCACAACAACCACUACUAAAUCAACACCUUCAACUCCAAUUUUCACUUCUACCAAUUCCCCAACUUCACUUCUUACAACCACUACCACUCUACAAACAACUGGGAGCACCACCACCGCAUUACCAACAACUACAGUACCAACCACAACUAUGACCCAGUCCACAACUUUUACACCUAAUGGUCCAACUUCUACUACAAUUACAAGUACAACUACUAUCCAACCAACAACAACUACAGCCACAACUACAUCUCCAUCUAUAACUACUACGCAACCAACAACUAUAGCUUCCAGUACUCCCCAAGAAACAACGACCGUUUCACCCACAACAACCACUACUAAAUCAACACCUUCAACUCCAAUUUUCACUUCUACCAAUUCCCCAACUUCACUUCUUACAAACACUACCACUCUACAAACAACAGGGAGCACCACAUUACCAACAACUACAGUACCAACCACAACUACGACCCAGUCCACAACUUUUACACCUAAUGGUUCAACUUCUACUACAAUUCCAAGUACAACUACUGCCCAAUCAACACCUACAGCCACAACUACCACUACUACCUUACCAACAACUACAUCUCCAUCUAUAACUACUACGCAACCAACAACUAUAGCUUCCAGUAGUCCCCAAGAAACAACGACCGUUUCACCCACAACAACCACUACACAAUCAACACUGUCAACUCUAAUUUUCACUUCUACCAAUUCCCCAACCUCACUUCUUACAACAACUUCUACUCUACCUUCAACAAGAGGAACCAUCAUCCAACUUACUAGUACAGCUCCUACCAGCAUAAUGACACAAAAAAUUACGACAGCUCCAACUGUCACUCCAAACCUGGUCACAACUAAAAGUACUAUCCAGCCAACAAAAACUGCAGCUCUAUCCACCAGUACUAUCCUACGAACUCCUCAAACAACUGCCUCUCCAUCUACAAGUACUACCCAACCAACUUCCGGUCCAUUUACCACUGUCACCCUACCCAUAACGACAUCUAAAACUAGUUCACAACCAUUGACAACUAUAACUUCCACUACUACCCAACCAAGAACUACAGUUCCAACCACAACUACUAUUCAACCAUCAAUGACUACAACUACCACUACUGUGACAUUUCCAGCUAUUCCAAAUGCGGUUCCAAGUACUACUAUUAUGCAGCUAAUAACUAUAGCUUCCAGUCCUACCCAACUGGCAAAUAUGUCGUCGACUAUCAUUACUACCCCAUCCCCAACUACUGAAAUUACAGGUCCAAGUACAACUACUACCCAGUCAGCAAUGACUACAGCUGAAACUACUACUAGACUAAACACAACUUCUUCUGUAUCUACAACUACCAAUCAACCUAUAUCUACAGUUAAAACUACCACUGCCACCCUACCCACAAUUCCAUUCCCAUCAAGGUCUACAACCCAAACAACAACCACAAUGACAACUACACAAACAACAUCUUCAACCACAAUAUGCAGAGAUCCUCCUACGAGAUUGGAAGGCUUCAUCAUACUGUACUUCAGAAUACGUCAAGAGUUUGUUCAAGACUACUAUAACAGCAGUUCUGUGAAGUAUAAAAUAAUGGAACAUUCUGUUGACACUCAGUUGAAUAAUUUGUACCAGGAAUUAUAUCCCUUAAUCUUCCUAAGGUGCAUCGUCAUCAAUUUCUGGUUUGGUUCAUUAGGAGUAACAACCAACUUGGUCUUCCAAAAUGAUUCUGUCCUUCCUAAUAUUACCAAUGUGGUGGACCAACUAAAGGAAGCCAUUAACAGCUCAAAAGUCUCCUUUGAUAUUAUUCUAAAUAGCAUUUAUGCAGAACUACCUAACAGCACAACUACCACAGAAGCUCCGAGUACCAGCAUGGUCCAACCAAUGACAAGGACUACUCUGCCUACAGCAUUAAGCACAGCUAUCCAACAAACAUCAGCUCCAGUGACAACUACCACUGCUGCCCUACCAACAACUACCACAAAUGUAUCUCCAUCUACAACUUCUACUAAACCAGUAACAAUUACAGCUAGCAGUACUAUUGAAGCAACAACAUUAUCGGCAUCUGUAACUACCACACACCAAAAAAUUAUACCUUUCACUACUACUAAACCAGUAAAUACAGUUCCAAUUACCACUGCUAUCCUAUCCACAACUAUGUCCUCAUCUCCAACUACAACGCAAGAAUUAACAACUACAGCUUCCACCACCAUGCCACCUACAAGUACAACCACUGCUCAACCGACAACUUUAGGUCUAAUUACCAGUACUAGCAAAUCUGCAAGCGCCACUACCGAAGUAAUAAUGACCACAGCUUCAACUACCACUUCUGCCACAUCCACAAUGAUUAUGAGUACAAUCCUCAGUACUUCUACAAUUCAGCAAACAGCAACUACAGCUGAAAGUGCCACUACUUCCCUACCCACAACUACGUCUCCAUCUUCAACUACUGAGGAAAUAACGACAACUCCAAGUCCAAGCAGCACUCCUGAAACACUAAUGAGUACAGCAGCAACCAGUACUAUUCCACCCACAGGUACAAGCACUACUCAAGCAACAAAUUCAGCUCCAGUUAGCAGUUUCAGCAGUUCUGCAACUGUGAGGCUAACGUCGUCCAUUACAGAACCGGAAACAGAAAGCGCCACUACCAAAGUAAUAAUGACCACAGCUCCAACUACCGCUUCUGCCCUGUCCACAAUGAUUACAAGUACAAACCUCAGUACUUCUACAAUUCACCAAACAGCAACUACAGCUGAACGUGCCACUACUCCCAUACCCACAACUACGUCUCCAUCUUCAACUACUGAGGAACUAACGACAACUCCAAGUCCAAGCAGCACUCCUGAAACACUGAUGAGUACAGCAGCAACCAGUACUAUUCCACCCACAGGUACAAGCACUACUCAAGCAACAACUUCAGCUCCAGUUAGCAGUUUCAGCAGUUCUGCAACUGUGCCGCUAACGUCGUCCAUUACAGAACCGGAAACAGAAAGCGCCACUACCGAAGUAAUAAUGACCACAGCUCCUACUACUGCUUCUCCCCCGUCUACAAUGAUUACAAGUAAAAUCCUCAGUACUUCCACAAUUCACCAAAGAGCAACUACAGCUGAAAGUGCCACUAUUCCCAUUUCCAGAACUACGUCUCCAUCUUCAACUACUGAGGAACUAACGACAACUCCAAGUCCAAGCAGCACUCCUGAAACACUAUUCAGUACAGCAGCAACCAGUACUAUUCCACCCACAGGUACAAGCACUACUCAAGCAACAACUUCAGCUCCAGUUAGCAGUUUCAGCAGUUCUGCAACUGUGCCGGUAACGUCGUCCAUUACAGAACCGGAAACAGAAAGCGCCACUACCGAAGUAAUAAUGACCACAGCUCCAACUACCGCUUCUGCCCCGUCUACAAUGGUUACGAGUACAAUCCUCAGUACUACUACAACUCAGCAAACAGCAACUACAGCUGAAAGUGCCACUACUCCCCUAUCAACAACUAUGUCUCCAUCUUCAUCUACUGAGGAACUGACGACAACUCCAAGUUCAAGCAUCACUCCUGAAACACUAUUGAGUACA